GACUUGCUUACGUUGUCUUUUACUGUCUGAAAUCAGGAAGAAGGGCGAGGCUGUAGGUUUGUGUCAAAGUGACUAGGCAUUAACUGAGGCAAACUCUUCAACUCGCUUGGGUCCGGUUACAUUGAAGUAACCCUUAGUCGUUUAUCAUGGUCAUCACUGUUUACUACACCACCAUCACUUCAACACCUGCGCUGGAAAGGAAUCAGAAACAAAUUAUUGACAUGUUGGAUGCAUUGCACAUACCCUACAACUUGCUGGAUCUAGCAGCAGAUGGAAAUCUGUUAGCGAUAAUGAGAGACAAGGUGGGGGAUUGCAAAGCGAUGGUACCGCAAGUAUUUAAUGGAGACCAAUACUGUGGGGAUUAUGCAGCCUUUGAGCAGGCUAUGGAAAAUGAGAAGGUAAAGGAAUUCUUCAAGGUGGAUGGCCAGCAAAAAUAUUAAUCCACAGAGCCCAAGAUGCACAUAAGUUUAAUAUUUCAACUCUUACACAUGCAGGUGUUUUUAACCAUUGUUGCUAUUAUUUCAAUACUGGUUAAUUUUCUUGAGGGACCACAUGUGCUCUAAUAGUACCAAAAGUAACCUGUUCUGGCUCAAAUUAUGAAUACUCUUACUGUUAAUUUUGUUGAAAGUCUCCUGAAUGUAUUCCUCAUUGUACACAGCAGUGCGUCUUUUGGAAAUUUUACAAAAUGUAUAAAACUCAAGUGAAAAUAAAUUCUGCAUCUCUUUCUCUCAA